AUGUCCCAGAAACUAAUAACAUUGCUCUUGCUCUCUAUCGUCUUUCGGGUUUUCUUUGCUCUACAAAAUUCAUAUAUUCAUCCUGAUGAACAUUUUCAAAACUUUCAGGUUUUGUCAAUCAUACAUAUGAAUCACAAUAAUUCUUCAUUGCCCUGGGAAUUCACUUCACCAAAUCCUGCUAGAAGUUUUGUGCCUCUUUAUUUAUUCUAUUCUCCAAUUUUUAAAAUUUUAAAUUUCUUAGAUGAAAAAUAUAAUAUUACUUUGUCAAAUCCAUUGAAAAUUUUAUAUCUAUUCAGAAUAUGGUUUAUGCUUUUAUCAUGGAUUAUAAUUGAUUACUCGUUGAUCAAAUUAUCUUUAUUCUUUGAAUAUACAAAUACAGAAUUUGAUCAACAAAAACCAAAGGCUGAAGAUUCAAAAAAUAAGCAAAAACACGAAUUUCAACUCAAAAACAACUUGAAAAUAAUUUUAUUUACAUAUUCGUCCUACGUUAUUUGGAUUUAUCAGUCUCAUUCCUUUUCGAAUAGUUUAGAAACUUUGAUAUUAUUACCAUGCCUUGUUAUUUUGAAUUACUUAAAAAUUCAAAUUGAUAUUUAUGAAAAAUUAAAGACUAGCUCAAAUUUUAUACUUCUAAAAAAAAAAGUAUCAAAUUACUAUCUUCAUCUUAUUGUUUUAGCUGUUUUAAUACCAAUUGGUAUAUUUAAUAGGAUAACUUUUCCUGCUUUUAUUUUAUUCAAUUUAUAUUAUUUAUUGAAAUUUUUUAUUGUGUUCAAGAAGUUCACAUCUUUUUUGGUUUUCACUCUAACUCUUAUAAUAACGACAUUUUGGUUUAUUAAAAUUGAUACAGAUAGUUUUCUUUCAUUGGAAAAUCAAUUGAGUGAUAGAUCCAUACACUAUAAUAUCGCCCCAAUUUAUCAAUUGAUAAAUAAGUCUUUUGAUUUUUUUAUUCCUGAUAACCAGUAUUUGAAUUUUAAGUAUUUUUCACUACUUAAAAAUUAUGCUCUUCAAUCGGGGAAGUUAUCACCAAUUAUAACUUAUAUUGACAAAGAAAUAUUAAAUAAGAAUUUAAUUAUUACUCCACUAAACAAUAUAAUUUAUAACAUUAAUUCUUCAAAUCUUUCACAGCAUGGACUACAUAACAAGUUUACUCAUAUAACAGUAAACUCGAUACAUUUAUUGGGACCCUUUUAUUUUAUUUUUAUUUCAAAUUUUUAUCAAUUUUUGAAAUUUCUCAUUUUAAAAAAUAAGACUUCAGAUUUUGAUAAAGAUCGUUUUGAGAAGACAAAAGUCAUAUAUUUGACUAUACUUUCAAGUCUAUUAAUUUUAUCGAUAAUUCCACAUCAAGAGGCAAGGUUUUUGGUUCCAAUUUUCCCAUUAAUGAUUUCAGCUUUAAAUUUUGAUUCAUUUAUUGAAAAAAAAAUUCAAAAAAAUAGUACAAAAAGUAAAAAAAUUAAAUACCCUAAAAACAAAUUAUUAAAUGUUAUUAUUAAUGUAUGGUAUUUAUUUAAUAUACUUUUUGGUGUAUUAAUGGGAAUAUUCCAUCAGGGAGGAGUAAUAACAGCAUUAAAUUAUCUUCAUGAAACUCAUUUAGAGCUAGAACGUAAUAUACCAAUUAUAAGCAUUUGGUGGAGGACAUAUUCACCUCCAGAUUGGUUAUUGGGAGAUAAAAGUUUGAAUGUUUUAAAAUAUGAUGAUUUAAUUUUUGAUAAAAAUAAUGAUGCAUACAUUGAUAACUUGGAAGAAAUUUUAAAGUUUGACUAUUUAAAUUUGAUUGAAAAUUCCAAGAAAAAUGUGUUAAUUGAUAUAAUGAGCAUGGAAUUAGAAAAAAUUGAUAAAAUUUUUGAUUCAAUAUUGAAAAUCAAAAAUGAAGUCAAUAUCAGAAAUACUAUUGCUGAUAAUAAUAAAACAGAUGAGUCUAAAGACUUUAGAUUAUUAUUUGUUAGUCCAAUUAUGUCAUAUGAAACAGUUUUGAAGAAAUAUCAAUUUAGUAGUAGUUUUGAGUUUAAUGAAACAUGGAGGGAUUAUUUUCAUUUAGAUCUUGACCAUUUGGAUAUGGGCAUGAAAAAUCAGGAAGGUGAAGAUCAAAAUCAAAAUCAAAAUCAAAAUCAAAAUCAAAAUCAAAAUCAAAAUCAAAAUCAAAAUCAAAAUCAAAAUCAAAAUCAAAAUCAAAAUGAUUUGCUUGAAUGA